AUGGAUUUCGUGCUUGGGUUGCCUAAGACAGUGAGAGGGCACGACUCUGUCUUAGUUGUGGUUGAUAGAUUCUCAAAGAUGAAACAUUUCAUUCCGUGCAGUAGGACUACCGAUGCCUCACAUCUGGCAAAGCUUUUCUUUCGAGAGGUUGUGCGUCUUCAUGAUUUGCCUACUACUAUUGUGUCUGAUAGGGAUGUCAAAUCCACUGGCAAAAGCCCAUUCCAAAUUGUUCAGGGUUACAACCCAAAGCAGCCUAUUGACCUUGUUCCCCUUCCCCUGUCUGCUCGCCCUUCUGAGUCCGCCGAGACCUUUGCAUAUCGCCUUCACGAUAUUCAUGCUGAGGUUAGGCGUAAGUUAACUUUAAAUAAUGACAGGUAUAAGAUAGCUGCUGAUGUCCAUCGACGUCACCAGGAGUCCGAUGUUGGCGACCUUGUCAUGGCUCGUAUACGGCCUGAACGUUUCCUAAAGAGGCCUUACAAGAAGCUACAUGCCCAUGUCUUUGGCCCGUUUUGCAUUUCCAAGAAGUUAGGGCCUAAUGCAUAUUUAUUAGUGACCUCCAGAUAUGGCUAUCAGUCCAGUACCCCGACCCACCAAGCCCCAACUCCACCGUCGCUUAAGGUUGCGCCACCUGCCCAAGCCAUUGACGCCGUGAUGGAUGAGCAGACAAUAUCCACUCCAGCAGGUCCCAUCAGUCGUUACCUCGUUCAUUGGAAAGGCUACAAUGAUGCAGACGCCACGUGGCUCACCGAGGACGAAUUCCGUCGUAUAGACCCCGCCUUCCUUGAUGACUUCCAGCUGUCCAACUCUCCAGUGGCGAGUUCUUCCAACCCGGGGAGAAAUGAUGCAGAUUUAAUUUAA